CAACAGACAAAGGGUAAAACGUCGUGAUUUAUUUUCGUAAAUUUGUUUAUUUUUUUAACAGUGACGCGAACAGAUGUGUGUAUACCAUAUUGAAUGCGUUGAUCCGUAAUUUUCCAAACUUAAUAAUGUCAAGACAUUUGUCGGCAAGUGUACAGGGAUUUGUAAUAAAGAAAGUUGAUCGGAAGCUCUAGAUAACAAAAAAAAAAGAAAACAAAAAAUGUUAUUGUGACCGAAUUUCGUAAAUUAAUUCCAGUGGGUGUGCUAUAAAAGAUAGAACGUAAGCGUAAAGGAUAUGCAUCAUUGACAUUAAAAGCACCGAACCGCAAUGGACAUAGUGCAAAACAUCAACCUUCAAAGUCGCGACGCAAUGAACAACGACGUAUCGUCCGCAUCGAGCGAAGACAACACCACGUUUGGCAAGAUCAGGCGUUACUACAAGAACCGACGGGACUCGACUUCCGACAGCGAGAUGCCAGUUCGUCCUCAAAGAAUGCACAAAAGCAUGCAUAACUUGCACGAGAACCAGAGGAACGAUUACACCCGAAGCCUGUCUUCGAUACAGAACAGCAUCAGCAACAUCGACUUGAGCCUCCACCGGGCCGAGAUCAAGAAGUUCGAUAAGCUCCAGAUUCCCAUUGUUGGCUACGAAGUGAUGGAGGAGAGGGCCAGGUUCACGAUAUACAAGCUCAAAGUCGAAGACGACAAACGCGAUCAAUCGUGGUUAGUUUUCAGAAGGUACACAGACUUCGUCAGGCUGUACACCAGAUUGAAAUCGGAGCAGCCCAAUAUCGAACUGCCUCUUCCCGGCAAAAGGUGGUUCCGCGACAAUUUCGAGCCGACAUUCCUGGAGGAAAGAGUCCGCGGCCUGCAGACAUUCGUCAACGUCAUACUGUACAAGCUACCGAAUAAUCCAAUAGUGAGGGAAUUCUUUUGCCUGGACGAACCGCCCCAGGACUUCAGCUAUCAACCCGAAGUUCAAGCUGUUUAUGGGGCCCUAGAAGAUUCUAUAACCACCCUCAGAAUGCAGCUGAAACAGAAAGACGCGACCAUAAUGCACCUGCAGAAACGCUUGGCGCUUUUGGAGGGCACCAUCGGACAAUGCGGUAACUGCAGUACAAAAAUAAAUAACAUUAGUAUUUACUAGAUUAGGAAAUUUCAUCAUACAUUAUACUGGCCCUAGGGGUACAAGUAUUUCGAAUAAUUGACCGAAACAAGAUUUAAGGGUUGCACCCGCAAUGUAUGACUAAUGAAUGUGGGUUCGUUGACCCCGCUCAUACGAGGUUAUUGUCCGCGCGUGAACACGCCGGCCCUCGCAUCCGUCCACAUUUUUUCAGAUGACACGUAUUUGCCCCAAACGCCUUAAUAAACAGGGUAUGAAAUUAAUAAUUUUUUUUUCUCGUUACUAAAAAAGGCCGUAUUUUUUUUAAAGCUUGCAAUAAUAGUUAUUAUUUGUUUUACCAAAACUUAGGUGCUAAGUUUUUCUUUUUACAUUUAAAUGCAUUUAAUCUGUACGUAUAUGUAUAUAUUUAAGGCUAGAAGUCUAUCGGAGAUUACUGCAUUCAUAAUUUUUUUUAAGUUUUCUUAUUAUUGUCUGUAUUCUAAAGAGAGUAUUAGUUUUGUUUACAAAAGCGUUCGAUAGAUGGCGUUGUUCGAUAUCGCGCGAAUCGCGCUAUGGUUAUGUUACACUUCUUGAUAAUAAAAAUUCAUUUUCAAGAUAUUGUUUCGGAGAUGGAGAUAGCUUGAUUAAUUGCAAUGUUAUGAAGUUCAAACUUAACGUUUUUAUCAUUUAUUUAUAAAUAGACUUCCAGGGCUAUUCGGGCUUCGCCCUAACCGGCCUAACCCUGGUGGGGCGGAGCUCUUCUCCGUCUGAAAGGGUUUUGUAACACUGGCCCUAGCAAUGGCAGUGCUUCGCUGAAUUUACCGCCGGAUCGGAAUCGCGACCCACUGAAGAUCCGGCGAGAAAUUCAGUCGAUAAACCAAUGUACAAUUUUAUUGUGAAAAUUCAUUCCAUUAAAUAGAUGUGUUGUAUACGAUCCGUCUGAUGUUAAGCGGUCGUCCGAGGUCAGUACAUCGGGAGCUAGAGAUCGCAUCCACGUGAAUCGAUAGAAAAUAUCGAUAUGUCGCAUUCAGUUUUAUCGAUACACCGAAAUAUCAAUACUAAUCGGACAUCACUAUCAACAAACUCUGUUGUUGUGACCGCUUAAAAUCGCAUAGGCUUCGAAAUCGUUGCGAUGCGUAUAAAGUAUUUAGAAUGAAGAAUGUAUUCAAUAUUGUGACUAAAGUGGCGGGACGGAAGGCGAUUGCAUGCAGCAGAGAUGCGAAUGUUGCGAUGGAUGUGUGGAGUAACGAGAAUGGAUAGAAUACGGAAUUAAUAUGUUAGAGGAAGUCUGAAAGUGGCACCUGUGACAGAGCAGCUGAGAAGUGCGCGUUUGGGAUGGUAUGGACGUGUGAUGAGACGAAAUGAAAAUGAGGUUGGUAAGAGUGAGUGUUAACUAUGGAUUUGGAAGGAUAUAGAAGAAGAGGUAGACCUAAGAAGAAAUGGAUGGAUUGCGUGAAAGACGAUAUGUGUAAGAGGGGAAAAAUAGUGUAUGAUAGAGGAGUAUGGAAGGAGAAAACAUGAUGCGCCGACCCAGGUGACUGGGAGAAGGGAAGGAGAUAUGAAUGGAAUGUAUUCAAUGUUAGCCUUUUAUUUUUCAAAUGAAAAAACAUAUUUACGUACAAAUUUUAAUUAUACAUACAAUGUUGUUCAAAUAGUUUUUUAGUUUACCAAAUUUUAUUGAAUUUAUUUUUAAGUUUCACCACAUAAUUUAUAUACAUAUAUAUAGACGAAUUUAUAAACAAUAAUUAUUAAUAUAAGUGCCUUAUUGUACCUAUUAAGAGGAAUAAAAUACAAUUUUUAGUACAAAAAUGUUGGGUUUUUUUUCUCGAUCUUUCUAAUAAACGCUCGGGACAAGGGACAACAUAUCGAGGGCUGAAAAGCUAUUUGGUUUGAGCGACAUUUUUGAAAGGUAUACAGGAGAGAGAACCUUUUAGUCUAAAAUUUUGAAAAAAAUAUCUCAAGAAGAAA